GCUAGCAGGAACAGCCUGGCAGGGUCCCUCUCGGAUAGACGCGGAUGAUGCCAGAGCUAUGACAGGGAUUGCAGUCUUGGCACUGAGGGGUGAUCAAUUAUGGAACAACUACAGGAGGAAGUACCUGAGGUCAAGGAAGAGGAAGAGGAAGAGGCAGUGAGGGUGGCAAGUGGAGCCUCGGACCCAAGUGGAGGACCAGACAGCUUGCUGCCUUCAAGCAGCUACACUGACAUUUCACAGAGCUCCUCUCCCUCCCUGUCGGACCAGCUGCAGAUGGGCUGCGAGGAGGCGGCCUCGGGAGCGCUGAGCGUGGAGUGCAGGGUCUGCGGAGACAAAGCCUCGGGGUUCCACUACGGCGUGCACGCCUGCGAGGGCUGCAAGGGCUUCUUCCGCCGGACCAUCCGCAUGAAGCUGGAGUACGAGAAGUGUGAGCGGAGCUGCAAGAUCCAGAAGAAGAACAGGAACAAGUGCCAGUACUGCCGCUUCCAGAAGUGCCUCUCCCUGGGCAUGUCACAUAACGCAAUCCGCUUUGGCCGCAUGCCCGAGGCAGAGAAGAGGAAGCUGGUGGCAGGGCUGACGGCGAGUGAGAUCAGCUGCCAGAACCCCCAGGUGGCCGACCUGAAAGCUUUCUCCAAGCACAUCUACAACGCCUACCUGAAAAACUUCAACAUGACCAAAAAGAAGGCGAGAGGUAUCUUGACCGGGAAGGCCAGCAGCACCCCACAGCCUUUUGUGAUCCACGACAUGGACACCUUGUGGCAGGCAGAAAAGGGGCUGGUGUGGAAGCAGCUGGUGAACGGCAUCCCCCCCUACAAGGAGAUCGGGGUGCACGUCUUCUACCGCUGCCAGUGCACCACGGUGGAGACUGUGAGGGAGCUGACAGAGUUUGCCAAGAGCAUCCCCAGCUUCGUCGGCCUCUACCUGAACGACCAAGUGACUCUGCUGAAGUACGGGGUGCACGAGGCCAUCUUUGCCAUGCUGGCCUCCAUCAUGAACAAGGACGGGCUGUUGGUGGCCAACGGGAAUGGCUUCGUGACGCGCGAGUUCCUGCGCAGCCUGCGCAAGCCCUUCAGCGAGAUCAUGGAGCCCAAGUUCGAGUUUGCUGUGAAGUUCAAUGCGCUGGAGCUGGAUGACAGUGACUUGUCUCUCUUUGUGGCUGCCAUCAUCCUGUGUGGAGACCGUCCCGGCCUGAUGAACGUGAAGCAGGUAGAGGAGAUCCAGGACAACAUCCUGCGAGCGCUGGAGUUUCACCUGCAGUCCAACCACCCGGAUGCCCAGUACCUCUUCCCCAAGUUGCUGCAGAAGAUGGCUGACCUGAGGCAGCUGGUGACAGAGCACGCCCAGCUGGUGCAGAAGAUCAAGAAGACUGAGACAGAGACAUCUCUGCACCCGCUUCUGCAGGAGAUCUACAAGGACAUGUACUAAGGACCUGUUAUUUAUGAGAAUGAAGCCAUGGAUUCCCAUCAAGACUCUUUGUACAGAAACAAAGACAACCUUUCCCCACGUCUUCCAUUUCUUCUACUGGAAACUCUUUUCUACGUGACCCCCACGUACGGUACCACAGGGUGAGAGGCCGGGAGGUUGUGCAGGCACCGCCAGGGCUUCCCCUAACACACACUAACACACCCACCCAGGCAAAUC